AUGUCAUCAGUGAAAGGAUUUAUUGACACAUUUCCUCUUUUCAAAGAGUGUAUACCAAAUCAACCGUCAUAUUCACAGCCAAAAAUUUAUAACACUUUAUUUGGUGAACUGUAUAGCGCUCAUGAUUCAAUGGAAGAUGUUGUUGCUCUACGUCGCUUAUUUGAGAAAAUAUCGCCUAGUCUUGUAUUGAAAUCCAAAUUCUCUGGCACUUAUGAAUCUGUAAUGCAGUUGUAUCAACACAGAAACUGUACAAAAGGUUUGCUUACAACACUGAGACCUCUAACAAAUAGCAAAACUAUAACGAACUGUUUGGCAACGAAAAUUGCUAGCAGUGGAUUAGGUCUAAGCCAUCUUAAACUGGCACAUAAAAGAGACCGACAACAAGGAAUAGAGAAUCUAUUUACAGAACUAUGUGGACAUCCAUCAAAAGCUCGUGUUACAAAGUCAAAAAAAAUAAUACAGGCAACAUCAACCUAUCUGAAUGACUUGGAGGAAUGA